AUGUUCCGUUCUCGGGCACUCCACCAAAUAUCGAACAUCGCUUCCUCAUCUGCGUCCUCAUCUACGUCUCCAUCUGUUACACCUACACACCAUCUUAUAACGCUUAUACGUUCACCUAUCGGCUUACCAGCCUCAUCUCGAAAGACACUAGAAGCAUUGGGACUGUAUAGACUACGUGAAUCGGCUUUACAUCCUUAUGGCGAGACGACAGCGGGUAGAAUACUGAAAGUGAAGGAGCUGGUGCUUGUCGCAAAUGUUACGAAGGCUGAAGGGGAGGUUUUGAGGAAGAGGAGGAGAUCAGAAGGUAAUGGGUUAGAACCUAGUGGAAGGGUAUAUGGGGGUGGCAAGGAAUUAACGGAGAGUCAGAUAUGA